ACGAUGCUGAAUGGGUGUAGACAAAGAAGGGCUCUCCAGUAGUAGUACCAAAACAUUCAAAGGCCAUUUUCUCAAAAGUGGCUAUACAAGUUUAUCAACUUUCAAAGCAGAAUAACUUUCCCAUUGUUCCUCAACUGUAGUGUAUGAUAUACCAUGUUGUAGUCUCUACUUUAAUUCAAUGUACAAAAAAACAAUCUCAAAUUUUGCUACAUAAGACCGAUUUGAGGGGUCGGUCACAAAUGUGCUCAAGUUUUACCGUGAGACCUGCAGUUUUUUGCUUGACAAUCACCAGCUAACAAAAUGUAAUGACCGCCACAGCCCUAGUCAUGCGUGUGUCAGCAGAGUCUGCUUUCACUGUACCUUUUCACAGAAAAGCUCACCACACUGGCAAACCGAGAGAGAGAGAGAGAGAGAGAGAGAUAUACCUGACGCCACUGUGCAACGUCACUGUGCACAGCAAAUAAAAACCCCACGGUUGAAAGGAGAGGAUGCUUAACAUUAUGGACACUCAAUACAUACAGAUGACAGUCAUAUGUCUUCUGUGUUUUUGGACUAUGGGUUUAGCAGCGGAUCUACGAUGCAAUCAUAUGUAUGAAAAAGAUGGCAGAUGUUGUGAACUUUGUCCACCAGGCACAUUUUUGAAGAAGCACUGCACUACUCAUGCCAAAACCGACUGUGGUGACUGCCCAGCGGACUCCUACUCUGAGUUCAGUGACCGCGUAGAGAACUGUCAACCAUGCCUCAAAUGCCAACAGGUCUAUGCAAGAGCAUGCACCUCAACCGCAAACGCAAACUGUUUGUGUGGCUCUGGUUUCCUGUGCUCAGACCAUGUCUGCUCAAAUUGUGAAAAGGAAAAGAAAUGCCGCAAGGGAGAGGAACUGAAGAGAACAGGUUCCAGGGAAUACACUUGGAAAUGUGUCCCAUGUCCUAAUAACACAUACUCUGACACCGAACAGGGUCACUGCAAACCAUUGACACAGUGUGAUACACAUGGAUUUAUUGAGAUCUUCCCUGGGAACAAGACCCAUAACUCAAAAUGUGGUAUACAUGAGCAAGAAAACGAAGAGGACGGGCAUUACAUUCUGGCCAUUGGCUUCUUCUUCUUUGCUGUCGUCCUCUUGGUGUUCCUCACUUAUGCCUGCAUCAGGAGAAUCAGGCACAAGCCUAACGCUAAUAUACAUGGCUUCCCACUGUCAAAAGAGGAGAGUGGAAGCCAGCUCAUCCAGCAGGCUGAAACCAAGGACAAUGCCAGCCAGAUUCUGCUGUCCAUGGCGAGCAUCUCCACUGUGUGAUAUCUUACAUCUGCUUGCAGGAGUGCUUUGACUUCAGGGUAGCAUGUCAGCUAGUCCUGAAUGACCAAAUGCUACUUCUACAAUUUGUUUUGCAGUUAGCCUGCUAUAAUUUCCUUGUCUUUUGUAAUCUUGUUUGUUGCUAUUUCGUGUAUUUGUGCAGUCUUUCAUCAAUACUAAGUAUUAUUUUAUAUAGCUUUCUUACUUUUUUGCACAAUUAAUACUGUUUUUACUCUUUCUAAAGAAUCCCAACAUUUUGCUUUUUUUAUUUAACCUUUAUUCUUUACAGGUUUUUUCACAUUAAGAUAAAAAUCUAUUUUUCAAGAGAGACCUGGUCCAACAGCUACAGGGGGGACAAAGUUUCAGGCAAAACAUCUUACAACAUUUAACAAAACAUUAAACACACAUACAGUAACACAAUGACAUAUUACAUUAAAAAACACAAAUGUCAUAACUAAAAAACAGCUGUCCUAACGACAAUGACAUUUUAUGAUAUUUACAUCGACCAAGUGUUUAAACUCCACCAACGUGACUAGAUCAUCUAAUUUUAAAAUGUUCAGGAGAGAAUUCCAGGACAACGGAGAUGAGUAACUAAAACUAUUUCGACCAUGAUCUGUUCUAAUUCUUGGUACUGCAAGAAAGCAAAUGAGAAUAGGACUGUAAUCUAUAUUUAUUUACUGACCUGAUUAAAAAAGAACAGAGAUAGUGACAUUAUACCCAAUAUGGCCUUUUAAAUCAGUGCAUACCUGUGUUUAAGACUACGCAAGGUCAAUGACGACCUGCCAACGGCGCAGUAGAGAUCACAAUGACAUGUUAGACGUUUUUGAUUGGUAAUGAACCCUGAGGGCCUCAUGAUAUGCUGAAUGAAGUGCUCUCAGGGUAGUAGUUGAGGCCUGUAUAUAUACACAGUACCAGUCAAAAGUUUGGACACACCAACUCAUUCAAAGGUUUUUCUUUACUUUUCUAUUUUCAACAUUAUGGAAUAAAAGUGAAGACAUCAAAUCUAUGAAAUAACACAUAUGGAAUCAUGUAGUAACCAAAAAAGUGUUAAACAAAUCAAAAUAUAUUUUAUAAAUUAGAUUCUUCAAAGCAGUCAGCUGUGUGCUUAGGGUUGUUGUCCUGUUGGAAGGUUAACUUUCGCCCCAGUCUGAUGUCCUGAGCGCUCUGGAGAAGGUUUUCAUCAAGGAUCUCUCUGUACUUUGCUCCCUUCAUCUUUCCCUCGAUCCUGACUAGAAUCCAAGUCCCUGCAGCUGAAAAAUAUCCCCAUAGCAUGAUGCUGCCACCACCAUGCUGCACUGUAGGUUUCCUCCAGACAUAACACUUGGCCAAAGAGUUCAAUCUUGGUUUCAUCAGACCAGAUAAUCUUGUUUCUCAUAGUCAGUCCUUUAGGUGACUUCUGGCAAAUUCCAAGCGGGCUGUCAUGUUACCUGAAUAUGUUACUUUACUUUGAUUUGCCUUUCCUUCCAGGUUACCCAUUUGGUCAUUUUGUAAAUAUAUAUUAUUUUCUGGAACCAUUACAUGUACCCAUCUCAUUGUUAUUUAAUUAUUAGAGAUAUAUAUAUUUUUAAAUAGCACCCGCCAUAGGUCAUGUCUUCAAUGGUCAUGUGAGAUGAAAUGUCUAUAUUUUGGGAUGUGAACACUCAGUGUGUUGAACCUGAUGAAGAUCUGUUUCGAAUCGAAAUGUUGUCAAUAAAACAGUGAAUUGGGAGCUUUAA